UGUUGCAUUUCUGUCAGUGUUCGGUCGUGUGUAAUAGAAAAAUUUAUUUUGUAAUCAAUUUUUAAAUAAAAAUUUUACAAUUAAUUUAAAAAUCUAGCUAAAUUUCCAUAUUCACAAUGCAUUUAGCACGACGUUUACAACAUUUACCCAAAAAUGUAAAUGUACGUUUAAUAAAGACGACUUCAAAAGUGGCAGCCGCUAACACUGAAGAAAAAAUUGUCAUACCCAAUCGCAUACACAGAUCACCCACAGAUAUUUUACAAGCAUUAUCUGCUACUGUGGGUAGAGAUCCUACAGCUCCUCAUUACAAAUAUCACGAUGAUCCCUUUUUGAUACCCACUUCAAAUGUGGCCAAGCGCACCUUUGCCAUGGCUCAAGAAUCUGGUCGUAAGGCCGCCAAAUGGAUUAAAGAGGAACAUAGACAACUGUUUCAACAUCAAGAAGCUCAACCACCCAUUGAAGCUUUUGCCCCCAAAAUGGUUUUCACUGAAGAAUCUGAAGUUUCUGGACAAACUCUAGAUCAGCUGAUAAAGCAGUCCGAAAUUCAGGAUGCUGUUUUUGUUUAUAACCUCAUGAAACAGAAGGGUGUAGAAAUUAGUAACGAACAACGUCAAAGCCUUUUAGAGUUGAUUUCUUUCUACAAUAAUGAAGAGCCUUUGCCUGAGGAGUAUUACGAAGAACGUUGGUUUAAGCAGAAUAAUGAAGCUCAACAGCGCCAUCGUAAGACCUGGAAAGAUGGUGAUUUAGCUGAACAGAUUUUUAAUGAAAUUGAACCAAAAACAGCCAAUACUUAUGCGGCCAUUAUCAGGGGUAUGGCUAAAUAUUACCAGGCUGAUCGCGCAUAUGCCCUCUUCCAGGAAGCUUUGGAGAAGCAAUUCCAAUUGGACACCUAUACAUAUAAUUCCAUCAUUAGUAACGCUAACUUCCUCAAAGAAAACGUCGAUCAACGUUGGGAAUUGUGUAAAGAUCUAUUGCAACAAAUGAAACAACAGCAAUUGAAACCAAACUUGGGCACCAUGAACUCUUUACUGGAGUGUAUUAGCACUUUUGGCAAUUACAAAUUGGCACGUACCUCUGCUCUCCAAGUUUUAUCGGAAUUCAAGAAAUUGGGCAUUGAUCCCAGUUUGGGAACAUACUAUUAUGUACUCAUUAUCUUUUGCCGUGAAAGAGGUCCCGUUUCACAUGUUAUUGUUGACAUUUUAAAUGAAAUUGAGGGCAAAGAAUUUAAAAUACAACAUCCCAAAGAUACAUUCUUCUUUACGACUGCCAUGGAUGUGUGUCGCAAUCAUUUACAUGAUCGUGCUCUGGCCAAAAAAGUCAACGAUUUGUUACACACCGGCAAUAAUUAUGAAUUGAUUGGUGAUACUUAUAAAGAAUCGAUUUACUAUAGACAUUACUUUGCUUUACUCUGUCAAACUAGCACAAUAGAGGAGUUCAUGGAAACGUAUGAUUUGCUGGUGCCAAAUAUUUAUAUACCUGAGCCCGGUAUAAUGGAGGAAAUUUUAAAAAUGGUAGAACUUAAUAAUUCUUUUGAAUUAAUGCCUCGCUUAUGGUCUGAUAUGGUAAUAUUCGAUCAUAUUAAUCGUGAGAGUUUGCUAACACGUUCCUUGAAAAUAAUGAUAAACAACAAACCGGAUGUUAGUAAAAAACACGAAGAACAAUUGCCAGCUCAAUUCGCUAAAGUGGCUUUAGAUAUUUACAACAAAAUUGAAGAGUCUGAGAGUAGACAAAAGAAAUUAUCCUUUACCGGUCAUAUGAUUGGUGAUAUUUUGUCCUUGUUAGUGCGUGGUGGCAAUUGGGAAAAGGCUGUCGAAGUUUUCGCCAACAUAGAUAAAAAUCAACAUCGUAUUCCCGGCACUCCUUCAGAGGCUUGUCUUAUGGAAUUUAUUGAAGCUUCCAUAGAAAAUAAGGCUCCUUCUCAAGCGCUGCUCUGUCUGCAAUAUGCCGUUGAAAACAAUAUGGAUGGUUUGGUGUUAGCUCAGCGUAUCAAUAAAGGUUUUACAUUGAAUGAAGUGCAUCUAUCAAAGAUGAAAUCUUUGGUAGGUGAUAGUUUUUUAAAGCAAUAAUUUAAUUAUGUAUGUAUGAUUUUUUAAUUAAUUAAUUAAUUAAUUAAUAUAGAGUAGUUUAUACAGAUGAAGAUGUAUUUUGCUUUUUGUUAAUUACGCUUAAUAAUGAAAUAAAUAUUGCACGUACAGUUGAACUAUGGA